AUUAACCACCACAUCUUUCACCCAAAUCUCUCGCUCUCUCACUACAUUUUUACAGUUGACAGACCAUGGAGAUACAACUAGCAAUCUCUGUGACAGACCACUUCACCUAAAGGUGGUAUCUCUUAUGGCUGUUCAUGGAUUACGUACUCUUACUGCUUGUACGUUUACUGACUGCAGUAGUGCUACAGGGAUGAUAUAGAUAAGGGAUUGAGUCUUUCUGCUGAAGGUCUCCCUUCCUGUUGAAGAAUGUUCCAUAUUGAGAGGCAGGUGUUGUUGGGAGGGGAUGGGUGUGCCAUUCAAUACUGAUUACCAGACCAGAAAGAUAGAUCAUACCACAGUAUACUGCAGCUCCAUCCAGUACAAGGCAUAUGGGCAGACAUGACAAACACCUUUAGAAAAGAAUGUACUGAUAAGAAAGGCAGUACUCCUGCCAGCUCACGAUUGAAGUAGUCAAAUACUUCUACAAUAGAAUGAGAGAGAGGAAGUGUGUCUGCUGUGAUGAGGGCUGUGGGUUUCAUACCCACUGACGCUUUGAAUGUUUCCGAUGCUAGGAAUAAGAUGAUUUUCAGCUAUUAACAGAUACAAAUACAGUUUUGCCUCUAGCCUACAUAGUCCUCCCUUCAACCUGUCACAGUGAGCUCAGAUUGACCAAAUUACACAUUGGUUUUAGUUCUGGGUUAACCGAGAUUAUCUUGCCCCACACUUCACAGCCGGUGUGUGAGUAUGAAGGAGGGGGAAUUCUGUCACUGAGCUGAGGGACUUGGUUUGUGUUGCACAAUGAACUGACUGAGGAAAAGGUUUCACCUCAUCAUGACAUGUAUGAUUUGUGGUGUUUGUGUACUACUAUCAUUGUGGGAGUGCAAUACUGUGGUUUGGAUAGUGUGUUCUGUUUUCGGUUUAUCUGCUGGAGUCUGGAAAUAGGAAGGAUUUCUUAUUAUAGGAAGGACAUUUCGGUCUAUAUUGAAUGUUAUUGGGAGGGUGUGGGAAAUAUGUACCUUUCUGGGUCAGAAAGAUAAGACCAGACACCUGUCAAGGAAUGGACCUUACAUCAUCCAGUGUAAGAACAGCUGGAACAUACAGCCAUGUAGUGUUGACACACAGCAUUUGUUCUCCCAAGAGCUGUGAUGUUGUAUUGUGUUGUGUUAUGUUGAGCUGCUGUGGUUGCCCUCUCUGUGUUGAGAGUUGAGUAUUGCUACAUUAGCAUGGGUGAUGCUGCUGCUUUGUGCAGUGCUGUUAGUGUGGCCUGGUUGCUGUUGUGUUUUAUCAACACCCGUUGACUAUACCACUGUGUCUGUAGACAAUUGCCCACAAAGUCAGCCUUAUAUGGCUCUGAUAUGAACUAUCAUGUUAGUGACGAGGAAACAGGGAAGUGGGCAGAUUCAUUUACUCAAGAUUUUACGAUUAAAACGGUGUCACAUAAAAUCUCGCUACAGUAUGAAACGCUAAAACUACAAAACCCGUUCAAUCCGUUCACUCUCUCAGACCGCCCCGAAUGUUGAACUACUCUGGUUGUUGGAUUAGCUGUGUCAUACGGAUGGUGUCAAUGAAAUUGAUUUGCGUGUUCUUGGUGUCUCAGCUGGGUAGCUGUGUCAGCGCCCAGACCGUUGGCUGUAACACUGUACAUGCCAACGGUACAACGACCUAUCAACUCUCAGAGCCCCUGCCAGGAUCGCCCUCAACCUGUGUAACACAGUGGUUGGAUGCAAAUAAUUCAAAUCGGGAAGUAGAGUGCCUUAGUAACUGUAGUGUGAAGCCAUUUGACCAGGAACCCAUUGAACCAGAGCACAAGAGAUCUUUUGGUGAUUGGUGUGUAUCAGGGAUAACAUUUGGGCUUGCCUUUGGGAUAUCAGCUGCUGUCGUCAUCAUCAUCCUGGUUCUCCUUAUUUUCUACAAGAUCCACAUUCACCGAGUGCGUGUUUCUUGGACGUUAGGUGAAGGGGAGCACGAAGAACCCUCUCCUGACCCAGAGAAGCCCCAGAGCCACCCUGCUCCCAAAGUCAAGUAUUCCGCUGUGAAGCAGAGAGAGAGAGCGAGAGAGUGUGACUGACAGACCAUUGCAAAUGAGAAAAGGUUCUCACCCAGCAAACCUGGUCACUUAAAGGGAUAGUUUGGGAGUCAGUAUACUUGUGAAUACCAUUUUAUGUUUCUACGUCCAGUAUAAAGGAAGUCCUAGGUAGUUUUGCGAGCCUUAUCUAACUAGUGUUAGCACAAUGACUAGAAGUCUAUGGGAACAGCAUGCUAGCUGUUCCCAUAGACUUCCAUUCACAGAAGAAUAAUAAGAAGCGUUACACUGGCUCUAGGGUAAGGUGUGCGUAGCUCUGCUAUUGCUGGGAUGGGUUUCUGUUUCAUAUAUUAUUUUCUCUCUACUUGUAGAGUUGUUAUUUAAGCAAUAAGGCCAGAGGGGGUGUGAUAUAUGGCAAAUAUACCAAGGUUAAGGGAUUUUCUUAUGCACGUUGCAACGCAGAGUACCUGGAUACAGCCCUUAGCCAUGGUAUAUUGGCCAUAUACCACAAACCCCCGAGGUUCGUUAUUGCUAUUAUAAACUAGUUAGAUCAGUAAAAAUACAUGUUUUGUCAUACCAAUGGUAUACUGUCUGAUAUACCACGGCUGUCAGCCAAUCAACAUUCAGGGCUUGAAAUAUUAGAUAUGAUUUAAAUAUUACAAUAAUAUAUUUCUAUAUGACACAUUCCAUUGAUAUGUGAUUGAAUAUACUGAAUAAUAGCUCAACUAUUACUGAAAUGAAAUGCUGUUCCAUAUAAUAAUAUUCUGAAUUAUAAAAUGGUGUGAUAUAUGGUUAUAGAGCCUACUUCUAUAUAUAUAUAUAUGUGUGUAACUGUGGAGGGAAGUAGGCCUCUAAAUGACCCCCUACACUAAAGAGAAUAAGCUAACCCACUGUGGAAGCUGGGAAACUCUUAUUACAGAUACACCAGGGAGUGUACAGUGAGGGGUUAUGCCCAGUUACACUGCAGAAUCUUCUCCCUGUCUUGUCCUUACCCACACACAUGCUCACACGCACACACACCAGUCUCUUAUGAAUUGAAUGUUUUUAGGUAUUUUUAAAUAAUUUUAAUGUGCUUGGACUAUGAGGUGGCUGUUGUUUUACAUUAUGAGAACGUGUUGAUCUCUUGCUGUGGAAGCUAAUGAGGGUCUUGGCUCAGAAGCUCUCACACACACACAGAAAUUCACAUCUCUGUCCACUCCCUUGCACAUUGAGUAGUGUACACAGACACCAUUCCCUUUCACUACAUUCCUUAGGUCUUUUCCUCUGGGUCACUCAUCGUACUUGGUAGUGUAAUGUUACAACAUGUAUAACUUCUCUCCUGGUGUAAUGUUACAACAUGUAUAACUUCUCUCCUGGUGUAAUGUUACAACAUGUAUAACUUCUCUCCUGGUGUAAUGUUAAAACAUGUAUAACUUCUCUCCUGGUGUAAUGUUACAACAUGUAUAACUUCUCUCCUGGUGUAAUGUUACAACAUGUAUAACUUCUCUCCUGGUGUAAUGUUACAACAUGUAUAACUUCUCUCCUGGUGUAAUGUUACAACAUGUAUAACUUCUCUCCUGGUGUAAUGUUACAACAUGUAUAACUUCUCUCCUGGUGUAAUGUUACAACAUGUAUAACUUCUCUCCUGGUGUAAUGUUACAACAGAUAUAACUUCUCUCUUGCCUUCCCCUCUGGCAUGCCCUUUCAAAUCCUCCAACUCCUAUCCCUUGGCAUUACCCCCUUUGCUAGCCCCUGACCCUUAAGGUUUGUAGAGGAUUUUCUAAGUUUAAGCAAUCUGGGCAAAAUGUAACCUAGCUUGUCAGGUGCCAUGUUACCAUGUUCACUUAAUGGAAAUGCUUAUUAUGAAGAGAAUAGACUAGUCGUUCAAUGUAUUUUAUAUAAAUAUAUCUUAAAAUACACUAUAUUAAGUAUAAUCAAUUGUAGCAGUAUCUAGGUAUAUACAGUUGAAGUCGGAAGUUUACAUACACCUUAGCCAAAUACAUUUAAACUCAGUUUUUCACAAUUCCUGACAUUUAAUCCUAGUAACAAUUCCCUGUUUUAGGUCAGUUAGGAUCACCACUUUAUUUUAAGAAUGUGAAAUGUCAGAAUAAUAGUAGAGAGAAUGAUUUAUUUCAGCUUUUAUUUCUUUCAUCACAUUCCCAGUGGGUCAGAAGUUUACAUACACUCAAUUGGUAUU